CCGCGACCGACCCGUAUCCCCCCCCCAUUUCCCCCUCCCCCCUGCCUUUGUUCCUGGGUAGUGUAACGACCAGGUAUGGUUGUUGUGACCAUGGAGCGACCGCAGGCCGUUCCACACGGCGGGGCAGCAGCCAUGGAGGUGACCAAGAGCCACCCGAGCUCGCCAGACAAGAACCAGCGCAAGCGCAAGCGAGCCGAGCCACAGCCUGCUGCCGGCGACGGCGAUGCGGGGCGUGGACCGCGGCCCGGUGGCGGAAAGGCGAACAAGCACCUGGCUGGGACCGAGCAGGGUGCAGUGCUUGCCGCCGAGGGCUCGACUCGGCGCAAGCGACGCAAGAAGGUCAAGUCGAAGGAGUUCAACAUGCAAGAGCCGCAAAAGACGCCGCAGCUGAGAUUCUGCUUUGAGCUCCUCCUCCGGCUCAUCAACCACAAGUUCUCUGCGCCGUUCCGGGCGCCGGUCGAUCCGGUGGCGCUCGGCCUUGACGAUUACUUUGACGUCAUCGACGAGCCGAUGGACCUCGGGUCGAUUCGGACCAAGAUCUCCAACCUCGGCUACAGCCACGAGUCGAGUUUUAUCCGCGAUGUCCGGCUGGUCUUUUCCAACUGCAUCCGGUACAACUCGCUCAACUCGGACGUCGGGUUUAUGGCCCAGGAGCUGUCAAAUCUGUUUGAGGACCAGCUGGCGCGCAUGCCAUGCCGCAAGUCGGGCAAUCGGUAUGUGCCCAAGGUUGUGACGGCGCGCAAGGGCGGUGCGGCGGCACCUGCGGCAGCCGCCGGACCCAAGGCAGCCGCUAGCAGCACCGCACCGCCUCCGACGGUCGCGUCCGCUCCCGCCGCCACAGCUCCGGCAGCUCGCGAGGCCGCCGAAGUCGCGGCUGUGACCCCGACCCGUCUCCGCCUGGACACGUCGCUGACAACAACGCGCGGGCGUGUUGCAUCAAAGCACACCUCGCCGCCAAGCACUCCGCUGCCGCGUGCAGUUAACCCGCUCUCGCCGCCCGACAGCAAGGCAAAGGCUGCGGCCGGCGGCAAGGGCAGUCGGGAGCCGGACGCACCCAGCGCCGCCCGCUCACUCGACCUCGACGUCACCGCCACUGUGGAUGAGGCGUCGAAAGCGAGCACGCACAAGGAGGUGGCCAAAGGGAAGGGCAGCAAGGGCAGCAAGGGCAGCAAGGGCAGCAAGGGCAGCAAGGGCAGCAAGGGCAGCAAGGGCAAGUCGAGCACAGGCAAGGGCAAGGCCAAGGGAAAGGACGCUACUGGCAGCGAGCAAGAUGCGGCCGAGGAAGGCGCAAGCGGCGAAAAGGCGGAGACGCCCAAGGCCGUGGCAGCGCCCGAGACCGCACCGGGCGACGCGGCUGCGUCGCCGAGCGUCCACGAGCGUCUGGACUGGCGCGACUGGGCCGAGCUGGCACAUCAGGCGCUGCUCGAGUAUCCGAGCCUCGCCUUUCAGGCAGGUACCAUCCUUGAGAUUAUCAACAGGGUUUCCGAGGUCGAGAUCGAGACCUCGGGCUCGCCGUCGGCGGAGCACGAGGCUAUCAAGCAGCUCACGCUUGCGCUGCUGAAGGAGAUUUCCGCGUCGGGUCGCAACGCGCGGUUUGUUCACGACUCGCGCAAUGGCCUCUUCCGGCUCAAUCCGCAUGUCGAGCACAUUCGCACAUCGCGGCUCCACGCAGAUGCCUGCGCAGUCUGCUCCGACAUUGGUGACCUCAUCUGCUGCGACUCGUGCCCGCGGGUGUACCACGCCGACUGCGUCGGCUCGCGCGCGCCGCCGAUCGACGCCGCCGUCUGGCACUGCCCCGAGUGCGACUUUCUAUCCGGUUUCCAGGCCCACCAGUUGGCCGGCCUGACCAUGGCGUCGCCGGCCUCGGCCGUCCCACUCGACCGCCUCGACUCGCACUCGAUGUCGCCCAUGUCGCCGAUGGACACGGCACCGUCAUACCCGGUCGGCUCGCCGCUCCACGUUCUCAACUCGGCCGCGGUCAACAUUGACGACGACGUCGUCGACGUCGACGACGACGUCAUUCCGGCAAUCAGCCUCGACAACUACGCGCACGUCCCUGCCCUCCCAUUCGCCGACAUCUCGGCGUUGUCGCCCUCGCCCUCGGCUUCGCGUAUGCUCCGCCGCUUCCAGCCGUUUGUGCCCUCACCGCCCGAAUGGUCACUGUGAUGCCAGCCCUUGAUGAAUUCAAUCACCAGAGCAA